AGAACACCCCAUCUCACUAUGUCGUGUGGGGCUAACAGUUGACGUUCUACAUCUGGACACAAUUUGAUUACCAUGUCUUAGUUCUCUGCUCUCACUUUCUGCCCAGCGGGAUUUUCGAUCGAAACCAUUCACCGGGAAUAUACAUCGCACGAGGUUUCGACUUAUAUUUCAAAGAAGUACUUAAGUUGUUUCAUGUCCGUUGGUUUUUGGAACUUGUUACCCAUAUAGGCUUUCCCAAUCACUCUCUAUACCAUACCAUUCAACUGCUACGUGCAUCGGUUGAAUUUCUUGCAGAUUACAAAAAAAAAAAAUUUUGGAAAAAGUUCUCAACUUGUCAAAAAUGGCUUACCAAAAAAUUCUUCUCCUCGGAUCUACCGGAAGCCUCGGCACCAAGGUUCUCGAGGCUCUUAUUGCUAACGGUAGCUUUGAGGUUGCUGUGCUUCUUCGUAAAGCCCUGCCGGAGACUCCAUCGGGUGUCAAGGCGACCGUGGUGGAUUUCGACUCUGCCGAUGCCUUAACCGCCUCCAUGAGGGGACAAGACGUUGUCAUCGAUGCAACUGCGGCAGCAGACCCCCAGGUAUCCAUACGCCUGAUGGAUGCCGCGGCCAGCGCCGGCGUCAAGCGCUUCAUCCCCUCCGAGUUCGGCAUCGACUAUACAAAUCGCAAAGUACGGUCGCUGCCGGUAUUCCAAGGAAAGGACGCCGCAAUGCAGCAUCUUCAGAAGCUUGCGGACGAUGGCAGGCUCUCCUUCACAGCGAUCUCGAACUAUGCCUUUUUGGACUGGGGUCUCUGGACGGGCUUCUUGAACAUCGAUUUGGCGAACAAAAAGGUGGACCUGAUGAACGACGGCAGCGUCCGGAUGUAUUGCACCGUUCUUUCCUCUGUGGCAACCGCAGUUGUCACCUCCAUCCUCAAGUCGGAAGAGACGAAGAACCGCGUCUGUUGUAUCUACAACGUCCACAAGAGCCAGGCGGAGUUAGCGGCUUUGGCGCAGGAAGCCUUGGGUGCUGAGGGUUGGCAGACGACGAGCACGGAUAUGGACAAGGCUUUCGACAAUGCGCGCGCGAAGUGGUCUUCCGGCCACAUCUCACCCCAAGUCGCCGGCGACAUAAUUCGUUACGCGGCCUCGACUCCAGGAUUUGUCGAGAUCCUCGAGCACGAUGACAACGAUCUUCUUAACGUCGGUCCUCUGACCGACGAAGAGUUGAAGCAGGUCAUCAAGGAAGUCUACCUGCAGGUCAAGGCGACCUGA